AUGGCGGACGACUUCGAGGCGCCGUGGGUGGAGAAGUACCGCCCGCGCGUGCUGGCAGAUGUGGUAGGCAACCGCGACACGAUCGCGAGUUUGCAGGCAAUGGCACAGGCGGGUAACAUGACGAAUCUCAUCCUCUCCGGCCCUCCAGGAACUGGUAAAACAACGAGCAUUUUGUGUCUGGCGCGCGAGUUGCUCGGUGCCAGCACGAAGCAGGCGGUGCUGGAGCUCAAUGCGUCCGAUGAUCGCGGUAUCGACACGGUACGCAGUAAGAUCAAGAUGUUCGCGCAGCAGAAGGUGACACUUCCCCCUGGACGCCACAAGAUCGUCAUAUUGGACGAGGCCGACUCAAUGACAGCUGCAGCCCAGCAGGCUCUACGACGUACUAUGGAGAUCUUCUCGGCAACGACGCGAUUCGCAUUGGCCUGCAACAACUCCACCAAGAUCAUUGAGCCCAUUCAGAGUCGCUGCGCCAUCCUGCGUUUCACUAGACUGCCGGACGAGAUGCUGCUACGUCGUCUACUGACUGUCUGCCAACAGGAGAACGUCGGAUACAAGGAGGAAGGACUGGCUGCACUCAUCUUCACAGCGGAGGGAGACAUGCGCAAUGCGCUCAACAACCUUCAGGCCACAGCGAGUGGCUUCGGCUUUGUUAGCGACGAGAACGUGUUCAAGGUCUGUGAUCAGCCCCAUCCCGCUGUGGUGAGGGAGAUCCUGAAUCACUGUGCCAAGGGAGAACUAGAUGGAGCGGAGAAACAAGCGGUCGAGCUCUGGAAGAGUGGAUACUCGUCGCUGGAUAUCAUCGGAACGAUCUUCAGAGUGUGCAAGGCGCUGCCGAUGGAGGACGAGAAGCUCAAGCUGGAGUUCAUCAAGCUCAUUGGAGCCACGCACAUGUGCAUUGCUGACGGAGUGUCCACUCUACUACAGAUCCAUGGACUAGUGGCACGACUGUGCUCUGUCGCGCUGGCUGCCAAGCCGGAAGCUUGA